AUGAUAACUUUUUCCCCAUUAUAUUCUUGUGGAAAAGUGACAAAUAGCAACUUUGACCCUCUCUCCUCCUCUCGGGGCCUAAAGUUCUGCGAGGAAUUCCGCAUCUUCUCAAUUUCCCUGGACUGCGGAACACACGGCAGCCGUCAUGGUCUAUUCUCUUGUGUGUGCAAUCCAGGCAAAAUAGAUCGCCACCAAUUCUUCGACACAACAAUUUCGACUAAUUGGACAUACGAGGACUACCAUACGUGGUUUGAUUCUCUUAAGGUUAAUAAAAACCACGUAGCUGGAGUAGUCGGAGAUGGUUUGCCAGCCCAGGUUAAAGGACUCUGCCACUGGAGGCCAGAAGGAGCCCUUUUCCCUGGCUUACAAACCGUGUACAUUCGUUGCCUUAACCACGUCUUGAACAAUGCUCUUGUCCACGCACGUAAGCAAUGUCCAUUGUUGAAUGAACUGAUGAAUAGAGUUCACCAGAUUAUCAUUAUCUUUAAGAAUUACGAUAUGAGAGCGAGAUACAAGAUCAGGGUUCCAUCAAUCCCGGAAACUCGCUGGCUCUACAUAUAUGAUACUCUGUUUUUCAUCUUUGAUAAUCUGGAAACAAUUAAUACUGCUUUAAUAAGUGGAGAUCUUCCACUAUCCCUUUCCAGAGCUACACGUGAACAGUUACAAUGGACACGUGAUGGAAUUCCUCCACUCUUUAAAGAUGCUUUAAUGAUAUUCAAGCCAUUAAAGCAACUUCAAUUAUGGCUGGAAUCCAACAAGUCCAUGGGUGCUUAUGCAUUCCUGAUGAUACAACAGUGCCAAGGGAUGUUGGAUGAAAUGGCAGGAAGAUUAACGCCAGAUGGUGAAGAGAUUCUCCGAUCAAUCACUACAAUAUUCAAAAAUGAUAUGAAAGAAUAUGGUAGAAUUGAUUUGCUUCGGUUUGCUUUCGGCUUUACACCGUUAGCAAGGAAGAUCAUCAGAGACAAGAAGGGUUUUGGAGGAAAGACAAGCUAUCCACCUAUAAUGCAGUUGAAAGAUGUGCAAGUCCCAACGAUUCCUUCCCUGAGGAUCAUCAAUCGCGAGAUCACAUUUGAGAAACUCGGCGAAAUCCUUGAAGAAGAACGAACAGAACGUGUUGACGAGGUAGCCGAGCAUGAUGAAGAGAUCCAGCAAGCAGAAGAGGAACAAAUGCUUAACGACGAUCAUGCAGCCGAAACAAAUGCCGAUGGUUCGAGGAAUUCCUUGGUCUGGGAUGUUGUAGAUGAAGAGAUAAAAGAUCUAUACACAUUCAUGAUAACAAUCCUCAGACAAAGAGCAAUUGCCGAAUCAACAGUUGAUCCAACGAUCAAUAAAGACGAUAGAGCCAAGGAAUUGAGUGAUGCUUACGAUUUCUUCAUAGAGCAAGAUGAUUCCCAUCUUAUAAAUGGUCAUCAUCUUGCUCAAAAUGAUGGCAAGUUUUGGUACAUGAAUGGCAUAAAGCAACUAAAAGCAUUAAGACCAAAUGGAAAAAGGAUGAUGUCACUUUCGUGCAGUGAAGCAGAU